AUGGCUUGUGGAGUUGCGUUGAAGAGGCCAUACGAUUAUGAUGAUUAUCUAAUUGCGGAAGGAAGUGAAGUGAAACGUGCGCGUCAUACGCAAACUCAUUGCUCACCAUUUCGUGCACAGAUUGGCACUAUCGCUGCGUCACUACCAACUUCAGGUGCAUCAAGUGCUUUGAUGCAGCUGCGAGAUCCAAAAGAUCGUGAGGCCUAUGACAACUCGCCAUUUGCACAAGUUGGCAGUAACUUACAGCUUUCAUCGGGACAGUUAGAAUCGUAUUUGCGGGCUGAAGUACGUUAUCUAAAACGUCGCCAUCUGAUUCCACAUCGCAUGCUUACUUCAAAUGUGGUGAACGCAGAUAACGGUGAAAGAACUGGUGCCACACAGUACGGGUCGCAUUUUCCUUGUAAUUUAGUAUCUGGGAAUGGAACAAAUUCAGAGCAUGGUUAUCGUGAAGCACCAUUGUCACCCAAUAAUAAUUCGGGCAGUGAAUCAGAAGGCGAAACAAAUGUGCAGAAGACAUCAGUAAUGAAGGACUUGUAUGAGAAACCACAAUUUUCUCUGAAGCAGGUGAUGAUGAUCUGCGAAAGGCUGUUGAAACAACAAGAAGUACGUCUUAGAUAUGAAUAUGAAACAGUAUUGAACCAACGCUUAGAAGAACAGCAUGAGCAAUAUGUGCAGUUUGCUCGCGAACAAAUUCAACGUCAACAAGAUGAUGGUGUGGAAUUGUCUUACCUUUCCUAA